GUAUGACCUAUCAGCAAACAUAGCACCAUCCACCAAGUAGAGUCAGAAGAUGUUGAGAAAUGCCUCCGCACAGAUACUUAAACAGUUCGUCCGACACAGGGCCACAGAUACAAGUCUGAUCUUGGAGAGAUCUAUUAACAAAGUGCAGCUUCUCGGGCGGGUGGGGCAAGACCCCGUCAUGAGACAGGUGGAGGGCAGAAACCCCGUCACCAUCUUCUCCAUGGCAACGAACGAGAUGUGGCGGUCCGGGGAGGGAGAACCCACAAAUACAGGAGAUGUCACCCAGAAAACAACAUGGCACAGAGUUUCAGUAUUCAAACCAGGCCUGAGAGACGUGGCGUAUCAGUAUGUAAAGAAAGGGUCUCGAAUUCUUGUGGAAGGAAAGCUCGAUUAUGGAGAGUACAUGGAUAAAAACAACGUCAGGCGUCAGGCAACAACUAUUAUCGCAGAUAAUAUUGUGUUUUUAAGUGAGAAUCUGCGAGACCAGUAGUGAAGACGCCUUCCCAGACUUUAGGAACCAAAAGAAGAUAUUUUGUAUAGCGUUAUUCUGCUCUUACAUCAACUCUUUGAGUAUCUUUGUGCCUGCCCUUAACAGUCAUACUUAGGCAAAUGAAGUAAUGUUGUUGGUAUGAUUGUGUCAUUCCCGACAGAGGGCGCUAGCAGGAUGCACUUUGACAUGUAAACACACAAACACACGUUCCAGACCCAUGAACUGGAUUUGACUCUUUGUAAAAUAAAUAAAAAUUGCUCAAUUUUCCUUUUUGACUUCUGAAACAUAACAUAUGUUAAAAGCGUAAUAUCUGAAAUUUUGUUUAGCAAAAUCACUUCCAAUUUGUUAUACUGUACUGUCGUGCUAAUGCUCAUGAAUAAAUGUAGUACUAGUUUGUCAAG